AUGUAUUUCUAUUGGGGUGAUUGGGCAACAGUAGAUAGAACAGCUAAUACAUCAUUAACAUCAUCGUAUGCUUAUCUUCGUGAUGUACAUAUAUUUAUUAACAUGAGUCGUCUCCUGAAUCAUACUGAAAAUGUACAAAAAUAUACACAAUUAUAUCAAGAACUAGCUAAUGAAUUUCAUAAUGUCUUUUAUAAUACUCAUCUAAAUGUUUAUGUUGAUGGUAGUCAAGCAAUGAAUAUACUUGCACUUGCUUUACCUGAUGUUGUUCCAGUAUCUCUUCGUACAAAUGUUCUCAAUUCAUUAAUAAAUAAUAUUGUUACAACGGGUCAUUUUACUGGUGGUAUUGUUAGUGUAGCUCCUUUAUAUCCUCUUCUUUCUAUCGAAGGACAUCAUGAUCUAGCAUUAAAACUUGCACAAUCAAUAACUUAUCCAUCGUAUGGUUAUAUGUUUCAUAAUGAUAUUCAAAAUGCUACAACAACAUGGGAACUUUGGAAUACAUUACCACAAGGAGCAACAGCAUCAUUAAAUCAUCAUAUGUUUAAUAGUAUUGGUGCAUGGUUUUAUCGAUAUUUAGCAGGUAUUGAAUUGAAUGGUCUUCAGACAAUUACUAUUUAUCCUCGAAUGUCUUAUGAUGCUGAUCUUUUGAAUUAUGUAAAAGCUGAAGUUGUAACAAUCAAAGGAUCAAUUCGAGUAGAAUGGUCAAGAACAUCAGUUAAUACUGUAAACUUAUCAAUUGUGAUACCAAAUAAUAUGGAUGCUAUUGUAACAUUUGAUUCAUUGAUUAAGAAUGGACAAUGUGUAAAAUUAAUGUGUGAUGAUGAUAUCAUUUGGAUGAGAGGAGAGAUGAAUGAUGAAAUGAAAUUGUUGAGAGAUAUAAACGGAGUAAAUGAUUUGAAUGAGAAUAAGUUACAAAGUACAGUGUCAGUGAGAGUAGCAUCAGGUGAAUAUACAUUUGUUGCUUAUUGGAAAUAA